CGAGCAGGAUGGCGCUGAGCCGGGCACGGCUCUGCCCGGGGGAGAGCACCCGGCUGCUGCCCCAGGCGUCCGGGCUGGUGGAGCUGCCCUGCUCCUCUGAUGAUGACGAGGGCUCGCUGGCUGGGGACACCCACCUUCCUGCAGCCAAGCAGGACCCCGAGGCGUGUUGCUCUGUCCCCCCCGAGCCAGGGACCUUCAGCCAGUGUGUGCGCUACCUGGCCUUCCUCUGGAACCUCCUCUUCCUCCUGCUGGGCCUGCUGGUCCUGGCUGUAGGGCUGUGGGGGCUGCUGGCCAAGGGCUGGCUGCGGGAGGACCGCCCGGCCCCGCUGGGCUCUGACCCCAUGCUGCUCUUCGUGCUGGUGGGGCUGGGGGCCAGCGCCGUCUCCCUGGCCGGCUGCCUGGGGGCCCUGCGCUCCAGCCCCUGCCUGCUGCGCUUCUUUGUGGGGGCCAUGGCGGCCUUUGCCGGGAUGGAGGUGCUGGGGGGGCUGCUGCUGCUGGCGGCCCGGCAGCGGCUGCGGGACGGCCUGCGGGACGCGCUGCUCCUCUGCCUCCUGCGCUACCAGGAGGAGCCCGACCUGCGCUUCCUGGUGGACGAGGUGCAGCGGGGCCUGCGGUGCUGCGGCCUCGGCUCCUACCGCGACUGGGAGACCAACCCGUACUUCAACUGCAGCUCUCCGGGCGCGCAGGCGUGCGGUGUCCCGGCCUCCUGCUGCCGGGACCCCCUGCAGAACGGCACCAUCGCCAACGCCCAGUGCGGCUUCGGCGUCCUGCGGUGGGGGGACGCGGCCGCGGGGGCCGCCGUGCACCUGGGGGGCUGCGUGGCACAGCUGGGGGCCUGGCUGCGCGCCCAGGCGGGCGGCAUCGCCACCGGCGCGGCCGUCCUGCUGCUGGUCGAGGCCACUGGUGCCCUCAUGGCACUGAAGGUGUUGGGGGACAUCGUGCCCGUUGGGGCCUGGGAUUGA